AUGGAGAUUCCUGUGCGAAGGGGCGGCCGUUCCAGAGACAGGCAACUGGCUGUGAGGCAUUCUAGUGGCGGUCGAGACACCUCCCGUGAGCGGGAUUUCCCUAUUUGUCCGUUCACAGAUCUCAAUCGCCAAUUUGAAACAAUGGAAAGGCAGCUUGCAGAUUUCAAGCCCUUCGACAUGUUUCCCUUCUCUGGGAGCAGUACAGGGCCUUGGUUUGCACGCAUCAAUAAUGAGAUGCGACGAGUCCACAGCGAAAUGAUGGACUUCAUGCGCGAUUCAGGCAUGCAGCCAAACUUCGACGAUUUCUGGCACUUCCCCAGCAUGGCAGACUGCUUCACCAAGGAUGAAAACGGGCAGACCUGGUUCAGGACAAAGUUCGACCUCCACUCAUUCAAUCCAGAGGACAUAGAAAUCAAAGUGGAAAACCAGACUCUCUCCGUCCAUGCUAAGCAUACUCAACGCGGAAGGAAUUCGUCUAGCGGACAGUACUUCUGCCGUGCUAUGCUUUUACCCGACGGAGUCCUCACGGAAGAACUCAAAUCGAAGCUGGACAAGAACGGAAUACUGACAGUGGAGGCACCAGCUCCAGGCGUCGAAGUGGAACGCCUAAGUUCCAGUCGGUCGACUCGGAUUCCUAUCGAAGAGAAUAGUCGUCGAAGACGAUUGUACGAUCGCAGCGUCGGUAUGUACGAUUAA